AUGGCAACAUUAUGGUUGGAUCUUGGCAAGAUUUUUGAUAAGAUCUUGGCAAGAUCAUGGUGGAAUCUUGGCAAGAUUGUCCAAGAUCAUGGCAAGAUUAUGAUAGAAUCUUGGCAAGAUUGUGAUAAGAUCUUAGAAAGGAUCAUGGUAGGAUCUUGGUAAGAUCAUGGUGGAGUCUUGCCAAGAUCCUCCAAGAUCAUGGCAAGAUUACAAUAGGAUCUUGACAAGAUUUUGAUAUGAUCUAGGUAAGAUCAUGGUGGAAUCUUGCCAAGAUUGUGCAAGAUCAUGGCAAGAUUAUGAUAGAAUCUUGGCAAGAUUGUGAUAAGAUCUUAGCAAGGGCCAUGGUGGGAUCUUGGCAAGAUCAUCGUGGGAUCUUGACAAGAUCUUCCAAGAUCAUGGCAAGAUCAUGA